AUCAAGAAAUUUUCUCAAAACGGUGAGUUCGAUUCCGAUCAAACAGGUCAUCAAAACGGUGCGUUUUAUUCUAUCGCCCGCGCCAGACUGGCUACGACUUCUUCCUCACAUUGCAGUUGCCUUCGCUUCAGGGCCGUUACUCGUUAGUCCAAUGAAAAGACUAUGUUACAAUUUCGCGCCAUAUCUCGAAAUAUCAAAUCCCCACCCAAAAUUUUCCCAUUUGCAGUUUUGUACUUUAAGAUUUCCCAUCAUUCUUACGUAUCUGGCUGUAUCCUCAAUGGUGUUAAUGGUAAGUAUUCCACGGAAGCAAUCACUCACUCUUACAGAGCUUUACUCUCUAAUCACCUAAAGAACCAAAGAUUAGAUGAAGCCCGCAUCAUUUUUGAUAGAAUUCCAACUCCUGAUGUGCAUCUAUAUACUAUGAUGAUUUCUGGUUAUGCAAAAAAUGAUAGGCUAACCGAUGCAUUGAUGAUGUUUGAAAGAAUGGCUGUUAGAGAUGUAAUUUCCUGGAAUUCGAUGAUAAAAGGGUGUUUAGAUUGUGGAGAUUUGGCUCUGGCUAGAAGAUUGUUCGAUGAAAUGCCUGAAAGGAAUGUUGUUUCUUGGACAACAAUGGUAAAUGGAUAUUUGAAGUUUGGGAUAGUUGAGGUUGCUGAAAGGUUGUUCUGGAAUAUGCCAGCAAGGGAUGUUGCAGCGUGGAAUGCUAUGAUUUAUGGAUAUUGUGUGAAUGGGAGAGUUGAGGAGGGUCUAAAGUUGUUUGAAAAAAUGCCUUGUAGGAAUGUGAUUUCAUGGACUUCAAUGAUUGGUGGACUUGACCAGAAUGGGAAGAGUGAAGAGUCUUUGUUUCUUUUUGGGAGAAUGAUGGCUUCGGGUGUUGAGCCCACUUCAAGCACGUUUGCCUGUGUGUUGACGGCUUGUGCAAAUGCAAUAAACUUCAUUAUUGGUGUUCAAGUUCAUGGUCACGUUGUUAAAUUAGGAUAUUGUUUUGGUGAAUAUAUAUCAGCUUCGUUGAUAACAUUUUAUUCAAACUGCAAAGAAGUCAAGAAAGCUCACCAGGUAUUUAGUGAGACAUUGUCUAAAAAUGUGGUUGUGUGGACAGCUCUUUUAACAGGAUAUGAUUUGAAUUGCAAGCAUGGAGAUGCAUUGAUGGUUUUAAGUGACAUGAUAAAGAUGGGUGUUUUUCCAAAUCAGUCUACAUUCACCAGUGCUUUUAAUUCAUGUCGUGGAUUAGAGGGCCUUGAUAAGGGUAAAGAGAUCCAUACAGUAGCCAUUAAGCUCGGUUUGGAAACUGAUGUCUUUGUUGGUAACUCUCUCGUAGUCAUGUAUAAUGAAUGUGGGAACAUAAAUGAUGCUGCGGCUGCAUUUAAAAAAAUUGAUGAGAAGAAUACUGUCUCAUGGAACUCGAUCAUUGUUGGAAGCUCACAGCAUGGACAUGGCAUUUGGGCCCUGAUUUUCUUUAACCAAAUGAUACGUGCAUGUGUAGACCCAGAUGAGAUCACAUUCACUGGAUUGCUUUCUGCUUGUAGCCAUUCUGGGAUGUUGCAGAAGGGAAGGUGCUUUUUUGAGUAUAUUAGGCAAUAUAAACCCACUGCAUUGGAGCUUCAGCAUUAUGCUUGUAUGGUGGAUAUCUUAGGCAGAUGUGGGAAGCUGGAAGAAGCUGAAGAGUUAAUUAAAACUAUGCCUAUGAAAGCAAAUUCUAUGAUAUGGCUAGCCCUUCUUAGUUCAUGUAGAAUGCAUUCUAAUUUAGAUGUUGCUGAAAGAGCUGCAACAAGUAUUUUUGAUCUAGAACCACAUUGUAGUGCUGCUUAUGUUUUACUGUCUAAUUUGUAUGCCUCUGCUGGUAGAUGGAACGAUGUUUCUAGAAUGAGAGCGAAGAUGAAACUGGUGGGAGUUGUCAAACAACCAGGGUCAAGUUGGAUUAUUUUAAAAGGAAUGAAACAUGAAUUUCUUUCUGGAGAUAGGUCCCACCCUGUCAGUGAGAAAAUUUUUGAAAAGCUGGACUGGUUGGGAGAAAAAUUAAAGCAAUAUGGUUAUGUUCCUGAUCAAAGAUUUGCUUUGCAUGAUGUUGAUGACGAGCAAAAGGAAGAAAUGUUGUCUUAUCAUAGUGAAAGGCUGGCAAUUGGAUUUGCUUUGAUUAGUACUGUGGAGGGAAGUACAAUAACAGUAAUGAAGAGUCUCCGAAUAUGUGGAGAUUGCCACUAUGUCAUCAAACUUACGUCAAAAAUUGUAGGGCGUGAAAUUAUUGUCAGAGAUUCUAGUCGUUUUCAUCAUUUCAGAAAUGGCACUUGUUCAUGUGGUGAUUAUUGGUAGCACAUUUUGGGUUUUGCCAUAUUGAAUCAUCUGGAUGUUUUUGAUUAACCAAGCUGCUGUGUAAAUCUGAGUUGGGGUGUAGCAGUCCAUAAUUAACUAUAGUUGCACACGAGGUGAGAUAUGGGCUGGCAGAAGUUGGGUACAUUGCCAAUGAUGUUGAACCAGGGUGACCUUGUGGAAUCCGUGAGUAGAUAUUAACGAUCAUUUGGUCAAUAGUAAAGCUUCCAGUUUGUAUCAGAGUAUUGACUGCUGAGGGGCCUCAAGAAAGAGGAUUUGAAUCAGAAUGGUGAAGGAUCGGAUUGUUCUGUCCUAUGGCGCUGCACUGUGAAAGAGGCAGUGGCCCAAAUCAUUCAUCUCUAAGAUGAGUUUUAUGAGCUGAAGACCGAGUUCAAAGGAGAAGGUGAUAAAGGAAAGGGAUGGAUAUUUUCUCCGACUUGACAACUGUUAACAAUGAUGACAGACUUGCAUAUCUAAAUCCUGAUAAAUAUGGUGGAGGGUACAUAUCCAACUUAUUCUAGGAAAGAAAGAUCAUAGCUGAAACAAAAAUGCUUGGAAGUUUUUUUAAUUACUUCUCUGCCCUUUUGCAGCCUUGUGAAGUGAUGUGGGAUUGUGUAUUAAGGCAAAUAAACCAGUCAUUUUUUCUCCAGAC